UUGGUUAAAUAUCAUAUACGAAAAGGGGUGGUUGACAAAAGCAGAAGAAAGUUCACAAAGUCGGUCGUCUGAGGAAGUGAACGAGGAGAGAGAGAGAGAGAGAGAAUGAGUUACGUACUGAAUACACUGACGAAGAAGCGAGAGGUGGAUUCCAUUAUCAGCGACACCAUCGACAAAGUUCUCGUCCUCCGAUUUGGCCGCGCUUCCGAUUCUGUUUGUCUCCUUCUCGACGAUCUAUCUAAAUCAGCACGCGAGGUUUCUAAUUUCACAACCGUCGUACUUGUUGGUAUAGAUUCGGAGGACGUUCAAGUUUACAUCAAUUAUUUCGACAUUACAUUGAUUCCUUCUACAAUUUUCUUCUUCAAUGCUCAUCACAUGAAGAUGGAUUCUGGGACUGCAGAUCACACUAAAUGGGUUGGCGCAUUUCACCAAAAGCAGGACUUCAUUGAUGUUGUGGAGGCAAUAUUUGGAGGAGCAAUGAAAGGCAAGCUGAUUGUGAAUUGCCCUCUGCCACCAGAAAGAAUACCUAAAUAUCAGUUAUUAUAUAAGGAUGUCGAAGAGGAAAGCCCUUUGGCGUCAGCAUCAGACAUUUGUUGUUUGAGCAAGUGAUUCUAUUUAAGAGCCUCACGGCCUUCCUAUUUAUCCUUGGCCUUAGAUUUUCUUUGGGCAUUUGAUUUAUGUGCAAGCAUUGCAUAAAUCCUCGGUUUUGGGUGUAGGCAUGUCUCAAGACUUUUAACAGUCAAUUCUGAAUUAGGACUUGAAUUCGUGCUUGCCAUUGCUAAGAAGUGGUCUGUUGCCUAUGAUAAACCUGGAGUAUGGUACAUCAGGCUUAAUUUAACUUGUUAGUGUGUUAAAGGAGCAUUUGAACCCUUUAUAACUUUAUAAUGCCUCAUCUUGGAAUAUUGACUCAUUUUGGGAAUAGGAUGCAGGACAAGUGAGUUCUUUUAAUUGGUCACUCAUUUUUUCAUUUAACCCUUUGAGGUCAAUUUUGUGGUGAUUGAUUGAGGUCUAUCAUGCAUGAUGCAAUUUAAUGUUAUUUUGGUUUAACUAUGAUUGUUGCCCCAGGCCUUGGUUAAGGUGAAGGUGAGAGCUUGAAGGGGACUCUCUAGCAUAUUACUCCGCGUAUAGAAAUGGAAACUAUUUAAGCAUCCAACAAACCGUUGGGGCAUUAAUAAGAGGAUGAAACAAUGAGACAGUGAACUUGACCUGGAUACCAGCAAGUUGUGUAAGAAUUGUACAUGAAUGAGGAAUUUUUAUGUUGGUGUUUGAUGUUCAUAUCUAUUUUGGAUGAGUAUAAAAUAACAUGGUACAGAUGUAAACUGUACUGUUAUUUUCUUCUUUUCUUUUUAUUUAUUUAUUUUUUUCUGUUGUAUUUUUUAAACUAUGUAACGUUUAGAUGGAAAUGAAAAGUUUAACACAAAUUGGCAUUAUUAUAA